UAAGUGGAACGACUUGCCUUCAGAAGUUGUGAAUGCUCCAACACUGGAAAUUUUUAAGAAAAUGUUGGAUAACCAUCUGACUGAGAUGGUGUAGGGUUUCCUGCCUGGGCAGGGGGUUGGACUAGAAGGCCUCCAAGGUCCCUUCCAACUCUGUUGUUAUGUUAUGUUAUGUUAGGACUUUCUGUCCUCUACCAUCCUCUGAAGUCCAUUUAAACUCAUGCCUACUGCUUCAGUGACUCCAUCCAGCCACCUCGUUCUCUGUCGUCCCAUUCUUCUUUUUGUCUUUUGUCAGCUACACUCUUUUUCUCAUCCAUAGUCCUGGUAUGAUGCAUUUGUCUGAAAUUAGUGGGGAUACAGAAUAACAGAGUUGGAAGGUAUCCUAGAGGUCUUCUAGUCCAACCUCUGAUCAAUAACCCUCUCAACAAAUUGGCUGCAGGGACUUGGCAACUUUGCUACCAAAUGAGAUCCAGUCCCAUUUAUCUAGUAAUCUAUCUAAUUUUGUAUUGUCUGCUUGGAUUACAUAAAUUCUCCAGAAGGAUUCUGGUAGCUUUUUUCACUAACCAAGUUUAUUCAGAGGUUUCAUGAGCUGUAGCUGCCUUCAUUAGAUGCAUUAAGUGGCUAGAAUGAAGUAGGAUUUGCACUUGGAUAAGCUGCUAAAUUAGACAACUGCUGGAUUGAAUCUAGUUUCGGUUGCAUCCCAAGCACCUAAUCUUAAAUUUACAAGUGCAACGAUUUGUUUAGGGACACAAAGCUUAAGAGGUAUAGUCAGCUUUCCAACAGUCAAUAUCCCUUUUUCUUCUCCCACUCCACUCCACUUCAAUCCUAAUCCUAACUCUUUGCUUUGAAGGAAAUUGUGGCAAGAGAAUUCCUGAGAGGUCUUUUUCCAAUCAGAAAAUGAGGACACCCAAUAAAAUCCUAAUCAUAUACUGUAUAUGGACCAUUGAGACUGACUCUCGGGUUCAAGAAUUGAAUUAUGUGACCCCAAGCAACACUCUUGACACACAAAAUAGAUCUCCACUGUAGUUAGACAGUGCUGCCAUAAGCAUACCAUUUCUAAAAUAAGUCAUUUCUAAACCAUUCAAUUAUUUCUAAAAUAAGUCCAAGAAAAAUUACACUAAUUCAAAAGCUAGAGAUAAAAGUGCAGCAAUCAAAUCACAAACCAUGGGGAACAGAAACUAUGGUGUCAUGGGUAUGGGAUUGAAAUUAAAACAGGUUUCUUUAUACCGUAAUACUUAUAAUAGAUGGUAAUUACAUUCUUACUUUUUUUUUAUUUUGGCAGCCAUAUAAAUUAUUUAAAUCAGGUUUCUCCAGCCCACAGGCUGCAUGUGGCUCUGGACAACUACCAGCCUCAUAAGAUUGUGAUUAUAUACAUUAGCUAUAUUCUAUAUUUUAUAUAUGACCCAUGCAAUCCCUCUUCACUCAAUGAAGACCAAACAAAAAGGCUGGAUUCCUAUGCUUUAAAUAAACAUAUAUAAACAUGCAUAUAAACUUUGUGGAGUUGGUGAAUCUUCAAAACAGAUAAAUUUGCAAUCUUCCAAAUAGAAAAAUGCACACACAUAUACACAAAUACAAAUGAAUGCACAUGAACACACAAUGUGUACAAAUAGCUAUAUCCUUCCAUAUUCAAUUAAUAUUUAUCUGCUCUACUUUUCCAAACAAAACCCAAUGAUCAAUAAUUAAAACACUCCAAACAACUUAAAAUCGUUAGGUAAAUUAGGUAAAUGUGACUGUCAAGUGUGCAUGCACACACAUGUAGCUAUGUAAUUAGCAGCAUUUCAUAUACAAUACCAGUUUUUAACAUUAUAACAAAAUAGAAUUAACUGGAAAUAGCUAUUAAUUGGUAAUCAACAAUAAUCCAGAACGUGAGCAUUUGCCCAUUCAAAAUCAUUCUGCUCAUCCAAAAACCAAAUUAAAAAACGGCUGCUAUCCCUAUCGCAAAGGGUUAAAAUGCAAAUAUGCGAGUGUCAAAAAUGCGCAGCAGGGAAAUGACUGGCUUGAACUUCUCCACCUCCAUCCUGCGUUUAUUGUUAUCUCCGUGCAUGGGCUGAACGACGUCUUUGCACGCUGCACUUUGAAGACACUCCCUGAAAGAAAGAGUGGGGUGGGGGGAGCAGGAGAGGGAGGUGUCUCUGCUGGUGACGCUCCUCGCCUGUUGCUGUCAGUUGUACAGUGUUAAGGCAAGGCGAUGCACCUAAUAAAGUCAACAGGAAAGAGAACCAGCCAGCCAGUCCCCCUUGUGUGAUUGCAGAUAGCGGUUGGAGGCAAAGCUCAGGUCUUCCCUCUCCAAACCCCGGGCCCUUCGAUUGAGAUAAGGAGCAUCUCCAGACCCGUGGAUUCUGCACCACACCUGCACAUCGGAAGGCCUGAUCUGACAAACAUCAGCUCAAGGCUACGUGCUGAAGAGCAGUUGCACACAAAACAAAGGCACCCUUGCCAACAUCGCGCUCCCGCUUCAGAAGCAGCCUCCGACCUGCCUCGCUCUCCGGCGGCUUGGUCGGAGGUCCCUGCAGCCGGAAAUGCAGCAUUUCAGCAGGAUCCGCACUUUUAUGCUGGAGCUGGACGCAGGACGCGGUCCUGGAGUCGCCUACCGGGGAGGAGAGCUGCUUUCCGGGCGAGUGGUGUUGGAUGUGGCCAAAGGACUAAAAGUGAGAGCUUUGGCGGUCUGCGCGCGAGGCUUGGCUGCUACCCACUGGCUGGAGAGCAAGAGUUUUGGCAUGAACACGGUCUAUAGCGACUAUACUGCCUACGAGACCUACCUGCGAAGGCGGCAGCACCUGAUUAGAGACAAUGGAGAUGUCACAGUCCUUCAGGCAGGAAGGCAUGAAUUUCCUUUCACUUUCCAGCUCCCAGGGACCUUGGCCACCUCCUUUGAAGGCAAGCAUGGCAGUGUCCGCUACUGGGUGAAGGCCAAAUUACACCGGCCUUGGUCUUCCGUCAAACGAGCCAAGAAGGAAUUUACCGUUAUUGAACCCAUUGAUAUCAACACACCAACCUUACUGACUCCCCAGGCUGGUGCCAAAGAAAAGCUGGCGCGAGCGUGGUACUGUAACCGUGGCCAGGUUUCGGUCUCAGCCAAAAUUGAUCGGAAAGGCUACACACCAGGUGAGGUCAUCCCCAUCUUUGCUGAAAUUGACAACUGCACCAACCGUUCUAUCGUACCAAAGGCUGCCAUCAUCCAGACACAGACUUUCAUUGCCCGAGGCACAAAAAAACAGAAGAAAUGUGUGGUGGCAAGCAUUGCGGGAGAUUCUAUUAUAGCAGGGACGAGAGAGGUGUGGCAUGGCCGUGCGCUCAAGAUCCCACCAGUUGGACCCUCCAUCCUGCAGUGUCGCAUCAUCCAUGUUGAAUAUGCACUGAAGGUCUGUGUUGACAUCCCAGGGACUUCCAAGCUGCUCCUGGAGUUGCCUCUAGUGAUAGGCACAAUUCCUUUGCAUCCAUUUGGCAGCCGCACUUCCAGCAUCAGCAGCCAGUAUAGCCUCAAUAUGGAUUGGCUACAAUUGGGGAUCUCUGAACGGCCUGAAGCUCCUCCAGAAUACUCUUCUGUCGUGUCUGGUGAAGAAAUCAUUGAGAACUUGUCCCCUCCUUCUCAGGAUGAGUGUCCUGCCUUACUUGAAGGACCAUUCUUUGCCUACAUCCAAGAAUUUCGUUUCCGACCACCUCCUCUCUACUCUGAGGUGGACCCCAAUCCUCCCUCUGACAACAGCAUCCGUCCACGUUGCAUGACUUGCUGAAGGAAGCACUGCCUGACUUGAGAUCAAAGGAAAUCCUUUAAUGAGAGAGAUUACCGCAGUGGAAGCUCAGUGUUGGGGUGAAGAAGAUUUUGCCCCAGGAGCAAAUGUGGGUGCCCAUUCUUAGUCGGUGCUCUACACAGAAUGCCUUUCAUUGGACUCUCUUCGCAACAGAGCGAGCUAGAUCGGCCUUGGGGAUGAAGAGCGAGACGAGAGCUCUUCCUCAGCGCAUAAAGUGGUGACUGUUCAGGAUCAGCACAAAAGCAUUUUGAACUCUAGACCGAUCUACUGUGCUUUCCUUGGGUGCAUUUCACUAUGUCCUUCCUACACCUACAGAGGGGUUUUUUAUACUCUGUGUAGACUGAAGCUGCAGAAGGAACCCAUUCACCCUGAGAAUCUGAGAAGAUGCUUCUGCUCCAUUGCCUAGAAUUCCAUAAAUGACUUUCAGACGGAAGUUGGCUAAAAGAAUUCCUGCCUUAUGACACUGUCUGUGUCACUAUUAACACUUCUGACGUGUUUCUUUUUUGGAUUACCCAGCUGGGUUUCACUUUUAAUUUCAUCCGUCAAGCAGACGCUUUUGGGGAAUGGGGUCAGGGGUUGAGUGGAUAAGAGUCUCCAGUCUAAAAAUUGUUGAUAAGGACAGAAGGGGUGCACAUCUUUUUCUCCCUUACAUCAGGGAGUGAUUUAUUUUUGAUUAAAUGCAACAGAAUUGCAAUUGUACUAUCAGGGAAUAGGAUUGAUGUGGUUGUAACAGGUGGUUGAUUUUGCAAUUUCGUUUAUAGUGGGUCUAAAUUCUGAAAACUAACCCUUUGAGUUACAGAAUUUAGGGGGGGAAAUCUUUGGAUUUUGUUGGCUGUAUGAAUUCCACACGAAAUGGAGAAUAGAAAUGGAUUGUAUGAAACGUUAUCGGGAGUGUGCUUUCCCCCAUUUCAAAAUGGGUCUUAAUUUGACUCCCAAGAGGGGCGGCGGGGAGUGAAUGCCCCCUCCCUCAAAUGCAUUCCAAAUGUUUCUAAGCAUGUAAACAUCCUGCUUCUGCCCCAUGUGGGGCUGGUGGCCUUGUUUUUGUACCUCCUUUCCGUUACUGUAUGCUCUGGUUUGAUACGGACAUAAACCUAUUUCUAGGUUUGCAUUUUAUAAACGUGGCUGCCUUUAACUGUUUGAAAGCAAUGUGUGUUUCUCAGAAUUCCUAGUUUUGUACGAGGUUUGCAAUUAAAUUAAUCAAACUUUUUAA